CGUUUAAUCAGGUGACACAGAGGCUCUCAAGGAGGGAAACAAAAAUGUCCAAAUCGUUUCAUGUGCUGUGCAUGGAUGUUGGCUUUUCCAUGUCCAACUCGUCACCAGGUGAAGACUCUCCAUUUGAACUAGCCAAACAAGUAAUUCAGAAGUUUGUCCAACGUCAGGUGUUUGCCGAGGUAAAGGAUGAAUUGGCUUUGGUUCUGUUUGGGACAGACUCGACCAAGAACUCUCUGGCUCAAGAUGGCCAGUACCAGAACAUCACUGUGCAUCGCAACCUGAUGAUACCUGACUUUCAGCUCUUGGAGGAGAUUGAGAAUCAGGUCCAUCCGGAGAAUCAACAGGGAGAUUGGUUGGAUGCUCUUGUGGUUUGCAUGGAUCUUCUUCAAACAGGAAUAAAGGGAAAACGUUAUGACCGACUUAACAUCUAUUUCCUGAGUGACCUCAGUGUUGAAGCAAAUUCGGAGCAGCUGGAUGUCAUUGUUGAAAACCUGAAACAAGCUAACAUUACGCUGCAGUUCUUUUUACCCUUUCCUGCUGAAGAUGAAUCAGUGGAUGAAGCAGGCGAUGCGAGCAGAGGAGGCCCCGGUGCACAUGGCUUGGGCAAAGGCCUGUCCGGGGAACAGAGGAGUGGACUGGACAUGGUCAAACUCAUCAUGCGUAGCUUGGAUGAGGAGGAUGGUCUUGAUCAGAUUUACACACUCAGGAAUGCUAUUGAGGGGCUGUGUAUGUUCAAGCAAAUCGAGAGAAGACCCAUGGCGUGGCCCUGUCAGCUGACCAUCGGCAGCUCUCUGUCCAUCCGCAUCGUUGGCUACAAAGCUGUGACCGAGGAGAAACUAAAGAAAACAUGGCUCACGGUGGACGCUCAAACCAACGAGAGAGACCAUGUGAAGAGAGAGACAGUCUACUGUCUGGAUGACGACAAUGAGACAGAGGUGCAGAAGGACGACAUUGUCCAAGGUUUUUGCUAUGGGAGUGACAUUGUUCCCUUCUCCAAAGUGGAUCAAGAGCAGAUGAAAUACAAACACGAUAGCAAGUGCUUUGCUGUUUUAGGCUUUACCAACCAAAACCUGGUUCCUCGCCACUCCUUCAUGGGAACUCAGACCAUCAAGAUAUUUACUCCAAACGACGAUGAGCACGCGGGGGUGGCGCUAUCCGCUCUCGUCCGGGCGCUGGAUGAGCUCAAAAUGGUGGCCAUUGUUCGUUACGCCUACGACCGGCGAUGCAACCCUCAAAUAGGAGCAGCUUUCCCUUGCAUCAAGUUGAACUACGAGUGUCUCAUAUAUGUCCAGCUGCCCUUCAUGGAAGACCUCCGACACUUCACAUAUGCUUCUCUGAACAGCAAGAAAUUCAUCCCCUCGGACACACAGCUGCAGGCUGUUGACUCUCUCAUCGACUCCAUGAUGUUGGUGGACAAAGAUGAAGAUGGAGAACUAAAGGACUUGGUUAAAGUCCACCACAUUCCCAAUCCAGAGUUCCAGCGGCUUUUCCAGUGCCUGCAUCAUCGAGCUGUCAGCCCCGGCACAGCCCUCCCCCCAAUGGAGCCGUGGCUGAAGGCUGCUCUGGACUGCCCAGAUAUCAUCAAGGAGCGUUGUCGAGAGCCACUACAGGAGGUGAAGAAGAUGUUUCCUCUCAAAGUGGUGGAGGAGAAGAAGACGCUGAAGACCAGCGCUCAGAUAUUUGGAAAAGACUCUGAAGAGCCAGAUGCCAAGAAGGCAAAGGGAGGCGCUGCAGAAGAGGAGGAGGAGUAUAAUCUGGCUGACAUUUCUGAAGGCUCUGUUACUUCGGUCGGAAGUGUUAAUCCUGCCCGUGAUUUCCGCAUCCUGAUCAAGCAAAAAACGCUUAAAUUCCAAGGGGCCUGCGAGCAGCUGACUCGCAGGAUAGAGCAGUUGCUAGGCAACAAGAACACACCGUACUACAUGAAAAGCAUCACCUGUAUCCAGGCCUUCAGAGAGCAGUCGGUAAAGCUGGGGAAGGCCGAUCUGUACAAUAGCUACCUCCAAUCCCUGAAAGGAAGCAUUCCAAACAGGGGGCUGGAAGUCUUCUGGGACCUGCUUGUUCAAGGCUCCAUAUCUCUUAUUGGCCAAGACGAGGUGGAAGGAAGCUCCGUGUCCAAAAAUGAAGUCUCUCAGUUUCUGCUGGCUGACGAGAAAAAAGAAGAGCCAGUUGCGACAAUGGCAGAUGACACGGGAGAUGUUGACGACUUGCUGGACAACAUGUAAGAAAGAAGGCGAUGGGAGCGUCUGCAGGAAAAAUGCGAAGUAUGCAUCGUUGGGUCUUUGUCCAUUUUUCCAUCUCCCAUAUAGAGAGCGUUGCGUACUCGGGAGGAAUACUGUACCGAACACGACCUUAACCUGAGUGUAAUGUUUUGUGGGGGUCUUAAAAACUGCAGCUGGGACUUGACAAAAGACAGCACACUGUAUGUUUGUUUUAAAUCUGAUUUAUUGUGUGUGUAUAAUGCACUUAGGGUUGCUACAGUUACAGACUGUACAGUGCACCAGGCGAUGUGAUAUGUUUGAAUGCCAGAUUAAUUAACAUUAGUAGCACCAAUACUUGGUUUAUGUCUCCUGUGUGGUUCCUCUUUAACAUAUCCACCGGAUGAAAUGGUGAAGCAUGCCUGACUGCCACUGGGACCAGUGUUUUCCCUUGAAUAUGGCGUUCUCGUCUCCCAUGGCCAGCUUCUUUAAGACUUCUUGAUCCACAUCGCUUCCCAUGGCGAUCACUGUGGGGACGACCUGUUCCCUACGCAUGGCGUGCACCGCCUCGUCCAGGUUUUUCCUGUCUGUGACGCCGUCUGUGAUGAAAACGAACACAAUCUCGGCAUGGCGUCUCGUCUGGCGAAUCGUUCCCUUGCCAAGCACUCUGUUAAUAGCGUGGGUGAUGGCUGGCCCCACGCUCGAGGAAGCGUCCAGAUAGCGCAGUCGGGCCACACCGUCAGAGACGAGUGCAGGAUCAUGCGUGAGCGGGAAAGCCAAAUAGUUCUCCCCGUCCUUGCCGUAUUGCAACAAAGCUAAGCGAACUCGCAUGCGAUCUGUCCUGCUCCGGGCCAGUACCAGACUGUCUACCACCGUUUGUACGAAUUCACGGACGUGACGGAAAUUGUCCACCCCGAGGCGCUCUGAGCCGUCGAGCAGGAAUACCACAUCCACUGGCCGCUGGGCGCACGGGGCAACAUCAGGCUCUACAAGGAGAUCCAACAAAUUGCUGAAUUAGCUUGCAUUCCAGAUUUUACUUGACAUCAACUACAGCUAGUACCUUUCUCAAGCAAGCUGGUCAAAAUUGUUGUUUAGUUUCUCUACUGAGUAGCAAAGUUUGUAAAUUAUUGUGUCUUCCAACCUAACACCUAAUUUUAAACUAUCAUCCCGCAUUCUUACUCUAACCCUUAACCCCACCUUAACCCUAACACUAGCUACAACAUGUUUAACCCCUUACCCAAACUCUAACCCCCCAACCUCCCAACUCUAAACCUUUACUCUAAAUAUAACCCUAACCUCAACUCUAACUCCUAAUUGUAACUAAAAGCUAACUGACGUCCUCCCCUAACUCCAACAAUAACUCUCUUAACUCAUAUCUCUCACUGUAACCCCAAACCCUUAAUUCUUCCUCAAACCCUACCCAGCCUCUAGCACAAUCCCUACCUUAACCCCUAAUACUUAACCCUAAUGCUUUUUAAGUUCUCGUUUUGGCCCAUGUUGUAAUUAAAGUUUUGGUGUAACCAGACAACCAUGUUCUGCUCACAAAAUCCUGGUGAAUUCAAGGAGACCUACCUCUUUUGCAGGGGAGAUCGGGGCACACAACAACUGGAUCUUGACGGGAAAAAAAAAUGGACUUGGUUAAAACACUAAUUUGAGAACAUUUAAGAUCGUCCCACUGGACUUACCAGGACAAAGAGCAGUUUCCAUUUUGUCUAUGAAGUCUUCUGUGACCAAAUCAACAAAAUUCUUCAUUCCAAUGACCCGAUCCUUUUUGUCGCACGCUAUGGAACCCAGGAUCUCAUCGUCCUGUGCUUUUCUAAACAUGUCUCCGACCCCGAUGGCGUUCACCACGACGCUGCCGUCAUGGCAGAGGUACUUCAGAAGAUCCUCAUCGUCACGCGGAUCGAAGCGUCCGUCGGUGAUCACCACCACGGACACUUUGACCCUGGCUCUCUUGCUGUCCCUGAUGAGAUGGUCAUAGGCAAACUUGAGAGCCGAGGGGGUGAAGGUGCCCCCUGCGAUCCACUGAAGGUUCUUCACCGCCGUUUUAAAAGCAGACAUAGAGUUUAUGUUGGGGUCGUCGAGACGGAUGGCCUCAAAGGUCCCGUUGUGGCUGUAUUGAACAACUCCAACUCUUGUUCCUGAAAUAGGUGGAUGUAAGAAUGUUUAAAUUGAGUAAUCCAAGAGUAGAGGUCUCACAAUUUAUUAAUUAAAAGACAACUAAAUUGAUCAUCAAAUUAAUCGACAACUAACAUUUUGGUUAUCAAAUAAUAGUUUCGAGCCAUUUUUUAACUUAAAAUUGUCCAAAUCCUCUGAUUUCAGCCUCUCAACAAAAAAUAUUCUCUUGAUUUCUGUAUUUUGCGAUAAACUGAUUCAAAACAUUUGUACCCGAUUAAUCGCAAGAAUAAUCAAUUGUAAAAAAAUUCACACUUUCUUUUGUGGCAAACUCGUGUCACGUGAAGGGUUUUACAAUAUCAUUUACAAGGCGAUGGUGCCAGACUACCGGUUGGGGAUGCAGGGUCGUUGGCCAUAGAGCCCAGACGAUUAAUGGUGUUGAUUACAAAGUUCUUUUCCAAGGUGAAGUUGGUCAGACCGACACUCUCCGAGCUGUCUAUGACAAAUACAAUGUCCAGAGCACCGCAACGCUUCUCGCAGUCUGUGACAAAAGGUAAGAACAAGUUUAGUCUAUUGAAAUAUGUAAUAGUAGCUAACUGCACAUUUGUACUAUCAUACGAAUUUAUGGUUUGCUCACCACAACAACCACAAGUCUCCCUGAUGUAAGUCAUGACGUCGCAAUCCUGCAAUGUCAAUUCGGCAAUUUGAAGUGGUAGUUUUUUUGUUUUUGUUUUUCUCUCUGUAGGAUGUAC